AUGUCUUCCAUGCGCAAUGCCGUCCAACGGCGGAACCACCGAGAGCGAGGGCAGCCAGAGGAGAGACAAAAAUGGGGACUGUUAGAGAAGCACAAGGACUACUCCGCUCGUGCGCGCGAUUUCAACGAGAAGAAAAAGAAGCUCAAGGCCCUGAAACAAAAGGUGCUCGAGAAGAACCCCGAUGAAUUCUACUUUGGUAUGAUGUCCCGUAAAGGGCCUGCCACAACCGGAAAGAAUCGCACAGGAACGGUCAAUGGCGAUAGAGGCAAUGAGGCCCUAAGCAUGGAUGCCGUAAGGCUGUUUAAGACACAGGACCUGGGGUAUGUGAGGACGAUGCGGAACAAGGCCCUGAAGGAGGUGGAGGGAUUGGAGAGAAGAGCUGUGGGUAUCAAGGGCGCGGGGAAGAAGAUUGUGUUUGUCGACAAUGAGGACGAGCAAAGACAGAAGGUGGAAGAGUCUACUAGUCUGGAUAUCGACUCGGACGACAGUGAAAACGAGAAGGAGACUAAGUCUGAAGACAUCGAGACGAGAAAUCUCCGCAGGAUGCAGCAGAAGGAAGCAAAUAAGCUUGAGAGUCGAUUGAAUGCCGCACGCGAACGGUUGGAGGCAUUGACAGACGCCGAGCAAGCAUUGGAGAUGCAGCGAGCGAGGAUGGGCAAAUCGCCGAGUGUAGGUGCCGGAGUCACAAAAAGAGGAGCCAAGUUUAAGGUGCGAGAACGCAAGAGAUAA